AUGCCGAGCGAGACGGACGCACGCGCCGCGCGCUCCGCCGCACCGCACGCUGAAACGACUAUGUCAGCUCCAGCGGACAGGGCCGCGCCCCUGCACGCAUCGAGGGUCGAGUCGAGUACGUCAGGGUCACUGCCGAGUGGCUCUGAUAGUACUCCUCCCCUACGGAGAGACGGUAGUGAACCGAGUGUUCUGUUAAGUGCCGCAGGCACCGCGUCAUCAUCCCGCGAGUACAGUGAUCGUAGUGUUAAUCGCGAGUGCAGUGACGCGUCGUGUCAACCCAUGGAGAAGCCCGCCAACUCAGCUACAACACAAGGAGAGAGUGAGGACGGCCUCCAGCUUCUCAUCGGUCUCAUGCCACAAGCCUCCAACACGGAGCUGCCGGCAUCGGACGAUGAAGAGGAGUUCAUGGAACAUGAACCCGCGCCAGCAAAAGAGCAGCCAACCUCACGGAAACGUGCGCAGUCGGACGACGUGCCGCCUGCCCAAAAAUAUCGUAAGAAGGCAAGCGCCACGCCACCGCCGCCUCCGAAAAAUACGCGAAGACGCGCCAACACAAGGACGACGGACGCCGACGGCUUCACCAAGGCCACCAAAACGGCAAAAGUCGCGCCACAGCAGGGGCCAGCACCAGUCGGAGUCGCUAAUAGUUUCAGCGCCCUAAGCGACUCUGAGAACGAAGAGAUUGUGCUACCUCCACCUCAACAGCGCAGGACACCUCCGCCGAUCGUCAUCGAGUACAAAGGCGUCUUCAGGGAGCUGCAAAACGCACUCAACAUGGCGAUCGGCAGGAACAGCUAUACAGUUCGCGCCGUCGGCGAAGAACUCGCAAAAGUCAACAUUAAAACGACGGAGGACUAUAGGAAGGUGCUAACGCUCGUAGAAGAACGCUCGUGGCACUUCUACACGUACAGCGCCGACCGAAAGAAGCCUCUCAAAGUAGUGUUCCGUUACCUUCCGAGGUCUCUCAAGCCGGAAGAAAUCAAAGAGGACCUCGAAUGCAUGGGCUUCGCAGUCGAUGAAGUGAUAAAGAUGAAGCCGCUGCGCACCAGAGGUCGCGGCCCCCUAACGCUUGUGAUAGCGAAUAACACGGCUGAAAACAGAAAACUGUUCCAGCUUACGAGAAUAGGUAACGUGGAAGUGCGAGCCGAGGAACUGAGAAACAAAUCGGCAUUCGCGCAAUGCUACCGCUGCCUAGAACCCGGACACGUCAAAAAGUACUGCAGCAUGCCGGACUACUGUGUAAAGUGCGGCGAAAACCAUUCCACAGAAUCGUGUGCACUCAAAGGUGUCCCACACCAAGACUUCACUCCCAAGUGCAAGUUGUGCUCAGGCGCCCACGUGGCCAGCUAUCGCGGCUGCCCAGUGCUCCUAAGUUACGGCGAGCGCGCGCGCGGGAAAACACAGCAGAAACCACAAAGGAACUCGGCCACGAGUUCCCGCCAGCCGACGGCCAGCUCCGCGAACAAAGGAAGGAGAGGUCGUCGCACCCGCCGCGGCAGGGGAAGGAAUGCGGAAACGCGAGCCGGACAAGGUCAGUCGCACAAUAGCACCCCUCGCCGCCAAGCCCCACCUGCUCCUCCUGCGGCCACGACGUCCGCAAGCAAUGGAGGACAAGCUCCGCCCAUCGCUGCGCCGCGAGCCCGCAGGCCUCCCACCAUCGGCCCAGCAGCGAGCCAACAGCAGGUAGCGACGCCCGCCGAGCCGCAGCAACGCCAGCUAGCUCCGCCCCCUGUGCCGCAGCCGGGCACCCCGAGCCAACCAGCUCCGCCGGCGCCCGACCCAGCCAGCAUGGCCGACUUCCCACAGCCAAGAUGGAGGCAGCGCUACACCGCCGCCCGCCAUGCUGUCGACAGACAAAAUGGCGCGCACGCCGCACGAGAGCAGGCAGCUCCACCUCCAGCACCGCCAGGUACUGCCGGCAGCCAACCAGCACCGCCCGCGCCCGCGGCAGCCAGCACGGCUGACCCGCCGCGUUUAAGAUGGCGGCUGCCGGCCAGCCGCACUGCAGCGACCCGCCAUGAUGUCGGCACCCGACAAGAUGGCGCGUACCGGCCGCCCGCCGUCCGCCAUGUUGUCGGCCCCAGCGCUGACGACGGACGCAUAGACAGAAUUCUCUGCUGCAUGGAGAAAAUGCUGCAGCAGAUGACAGAGCUCAUGGCCGUGGUGCAACACGUAGCAUCCGCCGUCAAACCUGCAGAAUUCCAUCAUGCCUGA